CUGUGUCCGUCAAUCAUCGGAGCCCAGAAGAAGCAGAAAGCCGCGAGUUGCGCGAUAGAGAGAGAGAGAGAGAGAGAGACAAGAGCCUGAUACAGAAUUGAGAUUAAACCGAUGUUCCUUUCUCCACCACAGUUUUAAACCAAACCAGGUACUUACUUCUCCGUCAUCAGCCACUGAUUCAUACGAAAAAGAAGCUCCUUUCCCCCCCCCAAUUCGAUUUGAGUAGGGUUUACGAAUCAAUCUAUCCCCAGUUCGAUUGGAUUCGAUAAAAGACCACGACUUUAUUCGAAUUCAUCUCGUUUCCUUGGUGGGUUUGUUUGAAAGCAUCGAUCUUUGUAGACGAAUUCAACAAUGGUGGCAUUUGAUUUUAUGAAUACCCUGAGAACCUUAUGGCCUUUCUCACUACUCACCAAUGACAUUAAAGAAUCAAAGGAGAUUGUUCAGAGACUCUCACUCCCCUCGAGCACCAAGAACUUCAUCUUCGCCAUCAGAGUCCCUGAGCACGACUCAACCAUCUACAUCCUCUCUGCACAAAACCUCUCUCAGAGAUCCGCCACCGACGCUGAGUCUCUCAUCCGCGAGCUCCGCCCCGACGCUGUAGUCGCUCAAGUGAACAAAUCAGCUCUCGGAGAAGCUCAGGUCGAGGAGAGCGUGAGCGACUCCAUCCCCACCUCAGCUUUUAGAGUCCUCAAGCAGUGUUUUGUGGAUAAGGUUAACAAGGAGAAGUACGAGAGCGUUGCUGGGAUCUUGGUCCUGAGGGAGAUCUUCGGGACUAGCUUUAACGGACACGUGUUGGCUGCUAAGAGAGCUGCUUCCGAGGUUGGUUGUUCGUUCAUGGUGCUUGAGUCUCCCUUUGUUAACAUAGCUGCUAUUGAAGGCUCUUAUGAAGAGAGUGAUACAUUAGGGAAGGUGCAAGGUUUAGCUAAUAGUAUUAUACCACAAAGCUCUCCCUCUGCUGUGUUGUCUGGUUCUAGAAGGUUUCUGAUAACUAAUGAUGUUCAGUCACAGAUGCUGAAGCUCUUAUCCUCUCAUAUCACUCAGCUUAGUAAAGAGAUUAGCCCGUUAAGUUGCGUUGCCAAUGGAGUUUCUCAUGAGGUUCCACCGUUUGCUGAGUCUAUCUACUCUCUACUUGUGGAUCUACGCGAUAUAUUUAACGAUCUGCCAUCUAUUAGGAAAGCUUUAGCCAGUGCGAGAAAGAUGUUAUCCGAUGUAGACAGAGGCGAAUCCAUGGAUACAGAUGUUCUUUCCGAAGUUUACCUAUUCCAAAUCGCGGUCGAAGGUCUGAGAAUCGCUCUGAACAAUGCUGGUCGGCUACCGAUCAAGAACCGAGCCGAAGCUCGGUUUGAAAGUCUCUCUUCCGAGGAUAAGUCUUACGCGCUUAUGGCGGAUCUUCUCCGCAGCCAGGCUAAGAGGUUUAAGAACUUAGUAGCGGUGGUGGAUGCGAGUAACCUCGCGGGUCUUAGGCAGCAUUGGAGGACUUGUGUUCCUCAAGAAGUUAAAGAUUUGUCUGAGCAUAUGGUACAGGACUUUGAUAGCGACGACGAGAGUGGUAAUGACUCAAAGCUGAAACGGUUGUUAUCUGAUAAACCGGUUGUAGCGGUUGGUGCAGGAGCUACUGCUAUUUGGGGAGCUUCAUCACUCUCCAAGGCUAUAUCUGCUUCUCCUCUCUUCAAGAUUGUAACUUUCAAAGUCCCAGCUUCGUUGAACCUCUUCUUGACGCAUACCCACAAGGCAGUGACUUAUGCGUUUACCAAAGUGGCUUAUCCUUCUAAAGUGAUGGCUCCUGGCUUUGCUAGCUCCGGAGCCAAAUCAACUUCUUUGGCGAAAGCUUCUUUAUCAGCUGAGAAGAUCAGAGCAGUGACGCAUAGUAUUAUAGCUUCAGCUGAGAAGACGAGCUUCUCUGCAAUGAGAGCUGCGUUCUAUGAGAUAAUGAGGAAAAGAAGAGCAAAACCUAUUGGUGCCUUGCCAUUGGCAACGUUUGGAGCCAGUCUUUCAACUUGUGCGGGACUGCUUCUCUAUGGAGAUGGGAUAGAAUGUGCAGCUGUGUCUCUUCCUUCAGCUCCUUCCAUUGCGAAAUUGGGUCGAGGGAUUCAAAACUUGCGUGAGGCGUCUCUGGAAGUGAGGAGUAGAGAAAGCAACAGGAUACACAAUGCAAUCGAGGCUCUUAGGCAAAAGCUGAAGAAGUUCAGACUUCAAUGAAGAAGAGAGUUUUGACUUGCGUUAAAAUAUUUUCUUUUAGCUACUGCUAUGUAUAUAUUUACAUGUCCUCUCUUUUGUAGAUGCAUGUUUCUUGUUGGAGUACACUGGUUUGGUUUGAAUAUACU